AUGGGUGCCUCAAGUUCAAGGAGUGCCAUGUCAGCCGACAACUCGACGGGCGCCUCAAUUGCUGCAUACGAACUAUCCAGUGCGCUCAGUCAAUCCUUGAGCGAAAUCGACCUGCAUGGAAACUUGAGCCAACAGUUUAAGCAGUUGCUUCAGCGGCUGGACCAGGAAGCGUCAAAGUAUACCAACUCUCAAGUCAAUGACCAAAAGUCCACAGAAUGGAACCCCUCCAAAUCUGAGAUUGACCUCGUAGGCUUUGCGUGGGACUGCGCUCAUAAUACGUAUAAGACAAAGCCUCGCAAAACAUCUCAACCACCAAUCGAAAGCGCCCAUGAGCCGCAGACGAGGUUUCAAAACACAACUCCAUCGAUCGAAGACAACUAUGACAAAGAUCUAUACACUGUUCGUGAGGAAGAGGUGCGCCAAGACUGCUUUGCUGGCACAGUAAAAGCCAUCACAGCGACUGUCAUUAAACGAACGGGCUCUGAUGACAUCAAUGAAUUGAUGCCGGUACUGGUGAUUUCGAUAAGAGGUAGUGCCAGUAAAAUGGAUCAUAUCGUCAAUGCCAAUUCAGACCCUAAGAACGCUGGAAGUUAUAUUCACGGUACGAGCGACAUCAAAGCCCACUCUGGAUUUUUAAACAGCGCCCUGGCUCUAGACUCAGCAGUGGCCACAAUGAUUGAUACUUAUCCACUCAAGUUCAAGGUACGGAGUGGGCAGAAACCUCAUGUGGUAUUCACAGGGCAUUCUGCUGGCGGGGCCGUGGCCCAGCUCUUAUAUCUUCACCACAUAUCCCAUCCGGGUCUCAGCGAAUCUGCAAGGUUCUCAUGCGUCACAUUUGGUGCCCCUCCUUGCCUGUCAUCACAUGUUGAUCUUUCAUUAUAUCAACCUAGCGAAAAGACAAUCUGCAUCAAUAUCAUAAAUGAGUUCGAUGUCGUUACCCGAGCUGAUAAGCCCUAUAUCUUAUCCUUGGUUGAUAUUGUAAGAUCCACGCUUGACUUGCCACCAAAGAAUCAAGUAUCCGAAUCAGCAACAGAUGAGGAGACAAUUUACGCUGCUCUAAAAGCUACUGAUACCAAGGAAUCAAGACUCUCCUACGAGUUUGAGGGUUUAGACAUUGACCAAUCGAAUUUUUGGCGCCUUCCACAGUCUCUAUAUCAUCACGUUGGACCGAGAGCUGUCCUGUUGAUGCGUUUAGUUGACGGCGAGAUGAGCCUCAAAACAGUCGAGGUAACACCCUUUGAGUUCCAGAAAUUACUAUUCUGCCGCGUGGCCGUCCACGGCAAAAGGAUUUAUGCAGAGAGGGUGAAAACAUUGCAACAAGGGCGUUUCAAUGGCCGUUUAGGGUGGGAGCAAGAUGGAGAUGGCGAGGAAAAAGCUUCUUUAUUGAGUGGCUCUUCAACCGUCUAUUAA